GCGAUCGAGUGGUGUGAUGGCGGAGAUAUCCAUCUGCUCGCCGGACAAGGGCCUCCCCGUGGAAGACCUCCCUGUGCCCGGGCGUCUCCAGCUUUUCCUGGCCGCAAGCUCUGGCGAUGACGAGCGGCUACAACAACUUCUGAGCCCGCCCAUGGCGGUAACGAGUGAGGAGGACUCCGCACUGGUAGUUACCAAUGAGGGGAAUUCUGCACUCCAUGUGGUAGCAACCGACGGGGACGGUGCUGGGCACUUGGAGAGCGCAAAGGUGAUCCACGACAAGGCCAAGCACCUGCUGCUCGCGUGCAACGUGCACGGUGACACGCCGCUGCACUGCGCCGCCCGGGCCGGCAACACAUGCAUGGUCUCUCGCCUGAUUGAGCUCGCCGGCGAUGCCAAGGAUAUGGUGAGGGUGCAGAACAAGGAUGGGAAGACGGCGUUGCAUGAGGCCAUCGGUUCCGACGACAUGCAAAUGGUCCAAGCACUAAUGUCGAAGGACAAUGAGCUGGCCCGACUGGAUGCCAAUGAUGGUACUUCGCCACUGUUCCUAGCCAUCUCGUUGGGUCAUCACAGUAUUGCAUGCCAGUUGCACCAAUAUGACAAUGACUUGUCCCACUCUGGCCCACACGGACGAACUGCUUUACAUGCUGCUGUUCUUCACGACAAAAGGAUAGCAAAGUCUCUACUUGACUGGACCAAGAAAAACAAGGAAAAAACAACGAAUCUCACUAAACAAUGGCGCACCUGCGAAAGUACGCCAAUGCACUUCGCUGCAUCAGUGGAAGAUCCCUCUCUGGAGUUUUUCCUUUUCGCUUUUGUUAACAGGAGCCUCGAAAUUUGUUCCUUCAGCCUCUACUAUCAUAUUGCACCAUCCAAGUUGUUAUACAGGAUUUAUGUUUGGAGGAAGCAUCCAAUCGUCCUACUAGCGAAAACUUAUCCAUCUUUGGCAUUUCAGCCAGACAAGAAUGGGUUGUUUCCGGUGCAUGUCGCUGCCUCGGCAGGCAGCUUGGUGCCUAUUAUUAUCUUGCUCCGGGGCUGCCCUCCUUGCUGUGCCAGAUUGUGCUAA